AUGAAAUACAUCAUUACACGACAAUUUUCAUUUAGAAGAAAGACAUUCUUAAUUUCUAGUAAUUCAGAAUUAGUAUCUAUAGCUAAAGCAGCAUCGUCCGACAGAUACAAAGAUCAAUUCAAUGUUCAAUUAUCAAAUCUAUCCAGCCAAUUAACAGAAAAUGACUCUUGUAUUGUUGAACCCGAUGAAAACCAACUAGGAAAUUAUUUGAUUUAUUCGAUAAAGCAUCGAACAAAUGAAAAAAAAAUCUUUGGCCAAUUAUUUUAUCAAUUGAUUAAUUUCAAUCAUUAUAUUUAUAGAAUUAUUAUUGGACACAAAUUAUAUGAAGUUCGAAGUUUAGAUUUAAUAAAUCGCCAUUUGACUAUUAUCGAUACAUUUAAUUCAAAUAUUUCAUCAAAUAAAGAUUCAAUUACGACUUUGAAUCGACCAGAAAUAUUAUUUCAACUUAUUGAUUCAUUUUCAAAGAUAAAUGAUAAAUAUCAUGUCAAUAUUCACGACAACGAGUGGCCAUUAGGUUAUCUUGCAAUAACUAUUUUACUUCAUCUACAUGAAUCUCGAUUGAGUUUAAAAAAAGAUACAACUGAUCUUUGGUGGACAAUAGAUGAUACUGAGAAAGAGAUCACAUUUGAAUUACACAUUAAAAGUACAGGUUGGAUUGCACUGGCUGGUGGUGUGAAGGGUGCUGAUAUUGUUGUAGGAUGGGUUGAAUCGUCGAGUAAAGGUCGAUAUGCAAUAAGAAAUUCAAGACCCAUUCUCGACAAUGCAACGCAAGAUUGGUUUCUUCUUCGUGGUCAUGAAAAAGAUGGAUGGGCAGCGAUUCAGUGUAAACGUUUGUUGAGCACUUGCGAUUCAAUGAAUGUUCCAAUAAAAUCUGGCACUAAUGAUCUUAUUUUCGCGUAUGGUCUUACUGAUCUCGAUUCAAAUCGACCAGACAUGAAUAUUGCAUAUCAUGACACUCACCGAAAUUCACGAAUGAUCCCACUUCGCUCCUAUGUUGAUCCACCGUCAGAAGAUAAAUUCAGUAGACUUGAUACAUUUGAAUUUCGUUUGAAUAAUUCUGCUGUACCCUCAACGAAUACUACGUAUCAUUGUAAAAUAUACAAAGCACCAACUGGUUAUCCAAUAAAACGGCAUGCUAUUGCUCACACAAUAUUAAUUGAUCCGAAAAACGUGAAUCUUGUUCAUCAUUUGAAUUUGUAUGAAUCUGAUCCUAUGACUACGCUUAAUGGUGAUCGAUUAUCUGAUGGCUUAUGCGAUGAAAUAGCCGACGAAAUAAAAUUUUGUUCAUCAAAUUUUGCAACUGUAUGGGCUGUUGAUAGUGACGCUGUAAGAUUAGACGAGUGUGCGACGGGAUAA